AUGAAGGUCACUUUCAAGGACUUGAAGCAGCAGAAGUUCGUCAUCGAAUGCGAGCCCUCUGACCUGAUCUCUUCUGUCAAGCAAAAGAUCUCGGAGGAGAAGGGAUGGGAGCCCAAGCUGCAGAAGUUGAUCCACGCCGGCAAGAUAUUGAAGGAUGAGGAUACCGUUGAGUCUUACAAGAUCGAGGAGAAGGGGUUUGUCGUCUGCGUUGUGAACAAGCCCAAAGCUGAGCCCAAGCCCGCUGCCGCAGCUUCUUCUUCUUCUUCCAACGUCCCCGCGACUCCCGCUCCGGCUGCUCAAUCUUCCACACCAGCGCCACCGGCCGCCCCGGCCGCCACGAGUUCAGCCCCCGCUGCAGCCGCUCCCGCGACGCCCACUCCUGCGGCACGGAGCUCUGAGGCCUCCUACAACGAUCCCAACGCCUUGGCUUUGGGCGGUCAGCGUGCCGAAGCCAUUGCGAACAUGGAGGCGAUGGGCUUUGAGCGAUCCCAAAUCGAUGCCGCCAUGCGCGCCGCUUUUAACAACCCAGAUCGCGCUGUCGAGUACCUUUUGACGGGAAUUCCGGAGAACCUACAGCAAGAGCAGCAGCCCGCACAACCCGCACAGCCUGCCGCGCCCUCUGCCCCUGCCGCAGCACCGGCUGCUGGAGGUGGUGAUGACAGCGUGAAUUUGUUCGACCUAGCCGCACAACAGGGACGUGGUGGUCCUGGUGGAGCUGGUGCUCGCGGGGCUGGUGCGGGUGCUGGAGUGGGAGCCGCCGCUGCUGCCGCCGCCGCUGCCGCUGGCGGGCAAGGACUCGGCAACUUGGAUUUCUUGCGACACAACCCUCAGUUCCAGCAGCUUCGCCAAGUUGUCCAACAGCAACCUCAGAUGCUAGAGCCUAUCCUGCAACAACUGGGCGCUAGCAACCCCCAGCUCGCCCACUUGAUCUCCCAGCACCCCGAUCAAUUCCUCAGCUUGUUGGGUGAGGACGGUGAUGACGAUGCUCCCUUGCCUCCUGGAGCUCAGGCUAUUGCCGUGACUGAGGAGGAGCGGGACGCCAUUGAGCGACUUUGCCGCCUGGGCUUCGACCGCGACCAGGCCAUCCAGGCCUACUUCGCCUGUGACAAGAACGAGGAGCUCGCUGCCAACUUUCUGUUUGACCAGCCUGACGAUGAGGAGCCCCCUAAUGCUCAGUAA